AUGUGUGAAUAUUCUGUAGUUACUAGUGAAUCUUACCAGAUAAAAAAAUUCAAUAUCUUUGUCGAGACGGUCAACAGUAUUCCUCAACCUCAUCAUAGAGGCAAUAUGGUCUGCUAUGUAUGCGAUGACAUGAGGAUAUUCCAGGAAAAUGGUGAUUACGACACACGUAGCAGCAUCCUUAAUCAAAAAUACCGAGGCAAAGAAUACUGGAUAGAAGGUUCGAUAUUUGACAAAUCUCACAGACUUAACGUUACUCGGACACGGUGGAUAAAAUCUGUUCUUGAAGCUGCUCGUGAAGGUUGUUGUCUUUGUACACUUGUGGUUCAAGCUGUAGCUGCAUUGGGCAAAGGCCACUUCGAAGAUUCGCCCCUCAGCGUAUGCUUAAAGGUGAAAGACAUUGGUGGUAUCCAGAGGUAUUCAAUAGGACAGAGCCAGUGGGAAAGACCGUCUGUUAUUGAAUUAUACAGGAAUGCGUAUGAGCCUACAUCCUCUGACUGUCACUUUUCUCGUACUACAGGUGGCCUUUCAUUACCAUUCAUCACCGCUGCGCAAGAAGUUUCGAACUCCUUGCCUGAAUCCUUACAAACAGCGAAAAGCUGGAUUGCAAACUGUGAAACACAUCGAAAAUGCAAUUUGGAUGAUAUUGGCGGCCUAAAAAUGCCAACACGUGUCAUCGAUGUUGAAACCUCAAAUGUUUCAGUCAAAUUGAUUGAAACAAAGAAGUCAAGCGGAAGUUUUGCUGCCCUCAGCUACUGUUGGGGAGAUUCAACAAUUCUUGAAGACAUCAAACUUACUCAUUCUAAAUUGUCAGUCUACAAGAAAAGAAUCCCCAUGGAUUCCUUGCCAAAGACUUUGUUCGAUGCUGUUAUGAUUACCAGAGAGCUGGGGAUACCUUAUCUAUGGAUCGACUCUUUGUGCAUAAUGCAAGACUCACUGAAAGAUUGGCAAAUUGAGAGUUCUCGUAUGAGCGAUGUAUAUAUGUCGGCAUUCUUAGUUUUAGCCGCCACGGAAGCAAGAGAUCCUAACGGGGGUUUCUUUCUUGAAAAUCGGACCAAGAGCCUACAAUUGCCAUAUCUUGACGCAGAUAACCGCCAACACUUUCUCUAUGCACGUAGAAUCCAAAACCAAUUUUCUGUUCAUGAUGCAAAUGGGCGGCUUGAAUCACAUGGACUGCAUAAUAGUGAGCUAAGGAGACGUGGGUGGGUGUUGCAAGAGCAAGUACUUGCGAGACGUACUCUGUCCUUCGCAAAGGAUGAGAUGCUAUGGGAUUGCAGGGAGUGCAGCACUUGUGAAUGUCGGACAGGAUUCUCAAACUUCGAAUCAGAAACAAGUUUCCUUAACAUAUAUUUUGAUUUCAAGCUUCAGUCCUCGCCGAUUAUGGAAGCUUACAAAAAUAUAUAUUCUAAUUGGUACACUAUGGUCGAGGAUUAUAGUCACCGUUCCCUCACAUAUCAGACUGAUAAGCUACCUGCCAUAUCUGGGAUAGCAAAACUCUUGCAUGACAUGACUCAAGACGAUUAUUACGCCGGGUUAUGGAGAAGUCAACUUCCAGACGCACUCCUCUGGACUGCAGAAAAAUUCAGCGAAGAUGAUACAGAAAGCGAGAAGCGCCUGCCUUCUUGGAGCUGGGCUUCUAUACGCAGUGGCGGUAUAACAUACGAUCAUAAAGAUAAAGAAUUUAAGGCUGGCCUUGAACUCGUCUCUGUGGGUACUCAAAUUUCCGGCAGCAACGCUUUUGGCUACGAGCCAUAUUCGAUAUCAGCUUACGACGCCACUGAGCCAAAGGAGAAGAAAUGGACUUUGUGGAGACUUAAGAUCAGAGUGAAUCUAGAUCCAUAUUAUUAUGAUCCAAAGAAGCCCACCGAAUCUGCAAUUGAAGUCAAGAAGUACAAAUCGCUCUUCCUCAUGUUUGUUGGGAGCCUAAAAUCCGAAGAGUAUGCUGAGAAUCCAAGUUUCUUGGCCUUAAGAUAUCUUCAGGAAGACGAAAGAGGGUGUUCAAUAUUUAUGAGAGCAGGUAUAGCUCUCGUUGAUGAUUCGUCGAUGGAACUUCUCGAUCGGGUUCGAGCUGGUACCAAAGAAUCGAUCGUUCUGAUUUAG